GCUCCGGAGCGGCUCCGGAUCGGUCCCGGUAUGGCCCCGCGCGGCCCCGCGGUCCUUCUCCUCCUCCUCCUCAGCGCCGGCAUCGCCCGCCCCGACCGGCCAGGUGUCGUGGAUGUGCUGCGGGUUCUGGAAGUGGAGGCUCAGCCCGAAGGAGUCCGGAAGGUUCCGGGUUUUUGCUCCCAACGCGGCGUCGGCUCCGAUGUGGCCUUUCGGAUCACGCGGGGGGCGCAGCUCAGCGCCCCCACACGAAAGCUCUUCCCCGGACCUUUCCCGGUGGACUUCUCCAUUGUGGCGUUGGUGAAGGUCAAAGCCGGCGCCCACCCUUUCCUCCUCUCCAUCUACGGCCAAGAUGGCGCCCAACAGCUCGGCCUGGCCUUGGGUCGCUCUCCCGUCUUCUUCUACGGUGGUGGUCCUCCACCACCUCCUGAGGACCUCCGGCGUUUCCGGGGGGUGGAUUUCACCGACGGCAGGUGGCACCGGGUGGGACUGAGCGUCCGCGGCCGUUGGGUCACUCUCGUGGUGGACUGCGAGGAACGAGGGACGCGGCCCUUGGCCCGAAGGCUCCGGGCGCCCCUCGACAGCCGCGGGGUCACCGUCGUCGGCGCUCGCGGCAGCGAUGGCUUCCAGGGGGACCUUCAGGAGUUCUUUGUGGCCGAUGACCCUCAGGUCGCCUUCGACCAUUGCCAUCGCUGUCCCCCCCAGCCCCCCCAGAGCCCCCCCCGAAUGCUGAACACGGCCCCCGCCCGGGGGGGACCCCCCAAAACUCGUUUCCGAGAGACCCCAUCACGUGGUUCCAAAGGUGAGAAAGGCGACGCCGCUGUCCUCGAACCGGGAAUGCUCGUGGAGGGCCCCCCCGGACCCGAAGGACCUGCGGGCCCCUCGGGCCCCCCCGGCACUCAGGGCCCCCCCGGAGCUCCGGGCGAUCCGGGACAAAGGGGCCCCCCCGGGCGCCCCGGGCUCCCCGGAUCCGACGGAACCCCCGGUCCCCCCGGCACUGCCAUGAUGCUGCCCUUCCGGUUCGGCUCUUCCGGGGGUGGGAAGGGCCCCGCGGUGGCGGCAGCGGAGGCUCAGGCGGAGGCCCUUCUGCUCCAGGCCCGGGUUGCUCUGCGGGGCCCCCCCGGGCCAAUGGGCUUCACGGGCCGCCCCGGCCCUAUGGGCCAUCCGGGCAGCGCCGGAAUGAAGGGCGAAUGCGGAGACUUUGGUCCUCAGGGUCCUCGUGGUCCCCCAGGGCUGAUGGGACCCCCCGGAAAACCGGGACAGAGGGGCCGUCCGGGAGCCGAUGGCACACGGGGAAUGCCGGGAGAUCCCGGCGUGAAGGGUGACCGUGGUUUCGAGGGGCUGCCGGGGCUGCCGGGGGACAAAGGACACCGCGGUGACCCCGGCCCUCAGGGCCCCCACGGACCCCCCGGCGAGGACGGCGAGAGGGGUGACGAUGGCAUCGUGGGACCCCGCGGUCUCCCCGGAGAAGCGGGUCCCCGUGGUCUCCUCGGCCCUAAAGGCCCCCCCGGAAUUCCUGGACCCCCCGGUGUUCGAGGCAGCGAUGGUCCCAUUGGUCCCAAAGGGGGUUCGGGACCACAGGGGGAACCCGGUCCCCCCGGGCAACAGGGGACCCCCGGAACUCAGGGUCUCCCCGGACCUCAAGGAGCGAUGGGACCCCCGGGGGAAAAGGGACCCCAAGGAAAACCGGGGCUCCCCGGAGCGCCCGGAGCCGAUGGACCCCCCGGUCACCCCGGGAAAGAGGGUCCCUCCGGCACAAAGGGCCAUCAGGGUCCCUCAGGUCCCCAAGGUCCCCUCGGCUAUCCGGGACCUCGGGGGGCCAAGGGUGUGGACGGCAUUCGGGGGCUCAAAGGACAUAAGGGAGAAAAGGGCGAAGAGGGGUUCCCCGGAUUGAAGGGCGACGUUGGUCUCAAAGGAGAGAGGGGGGAGGAGGGUCUCCCCGGCCCUCGCGGUGAAGACGGCCCCGAAGGGCCCAAAGGACGAACGGGAACUGUUGGGGACCCCGGACCGGGGGGGGCGGCGGGGGACAAGGGGAAGUUGGGGGUCCCCGGUUUGCCCGGUUACCCCGGUCGUCAAGGCCCGAAGGGCUCUCAGGGUUUCCCUGGAUUUCCCGGUACCAACGGCGAGAAGGGGGCGCGGGGCCAUUCGGGCACCUCCGGGCGAAGGGGGGAGCGCGGACCCACGGGACCCCGAGGGCAGAGGGGACCCCGAGGGGCAACUGGGAAGGGGGGGGCGAAGGGAACCUCCGGCAGCGAUGGCCCCUCCGGACCCCCCGGCGAGAGGGGUGUUCCGGGCCCUCAAGGACCGAACGGCUUUCCGGGACCCAAAGGUCCCCCCGGCCCCCCCGGAAAAGAUGGGGUCCCCGGACACCCCGGGCAGCGCGGAGACGGGGGUUUCCAAGGCAAAGCCGGACCCCCAGGUCCCCCCGGAGUGGUGGGGGCACAGGGCGCGGCGGGCGAGUCGGGGCCUCGGGGCGAGCGGGGGCACCCGGGCCCCCCCGGACCCCCCGGAGAACAGGGGCUGCCGGGACCCGCCGGGACGGGGGGCUCCAAGGGGGACCCCGGCCCCCCCGGCCCCCCCGGCAAGGAUGGACCCGCGGGGUUUCGGGGGUUCCCCGGGGAGCGGGGGCUGCCCGGCCCCCCCGGCGGCCCCGGACUGAAGGGCAAUGAGGGACCCGCGGGACCCCCCGGACCAGCAGGCUCUCCGGGCGAACGCGGUGAUUCGGGACUCGGAGGUCCCAUUGGGCCUCCGGGAAGACCCGGAGCUCAGGGCCCCCCGGGAGCCGCCGGAGAAAAGGGGGAGACCGGCGAGAAGGGUCCUCAGGGCCCAUCGGGCCGCGAUGGUCUCCAGGGUCCCGUUGGUCUUCCCGGUCCCUCAGGUCCUCCCGGUGGUCCUGGCGAGGAUGGGGACAAGGGUGAGGUGGGAGAACCGGGUCAGAAGGGGCCAAAGGGCACCAAAGGAGAGCACGGACCUCCUGGACCUCCAGGACCCAUCGGAGCUGUGGGACAACCUGGAGCUGCGGGCGCCGAUGGGGCUUUGGGGCCUCGAGGCCCUCAGGGCGGCUUUGGGGCCAAAGGGGACGAUGGGACGCGCGGAUUCAAUGGGGCACCGGGACCCAUCGGCCUCCAGGGUUCUCCGGGUCCGGCGGGAGAGAAGGGUGAGACGGGCGACGUGGGGCCCAUGGGCCCCCCCGGACCCCCCGGACCCCGCGGCCCUUCCGGAGCCUCCGGAGCCGACGGACCUCAAGGACCCCCCGGAGGCGUCGGGAAUCUCGGACCGCCCGGAGAGAAGGGCGAUCCCGGCGAAUCCGGAUCACCGGGAAUCCAGGGCGAGCCGGGAAUCAAGGGACCACGAGGAGAACGAGGAGAGAAAGGAGAAUCCGGAGCCGCCGGAGCCGCCGGACCUUCCGGUGGGAAAGGACCACCCGGAGAUGAUGGACCGAAAGGGAAUCCUGGUCCCGUUGGCUUUCCGGGCGAUCCCGGUCCUCCCGGUGAAAUGGGUCCCAGAGGCCAAGAUGGCGCCAAAGGGGAACGCGGAGAGGACGGAGAACCCGGAGAGCCGGGUUCUCCAGGUCCGACAGGCGAGAACGGUCCUCCCGGUCCUCUUGGGAAGAGGGGUCCGGCCGGUUCUCCUGGUCCGGAGGGACGUCAAGGAGAGAAAGGAUCAAAGGGAGAAUCCGGCGCUGUGGGGGCUCCCGGAAAAACGGGUCCGGUGGGACCUCAAGGUCUUCCUGGAAAACCGGGUCCUGAUGGUCUCCGAGGGCUUUCCGGCUCCGUGGGAGAACAAGGAAAACCCGGCAACACCGGCCAAGCCGGACCACCGGGACCGGUGGGUCCUCCAGGUCUUCCCGGUCUCAAAGGUGACACCGGAGCCAAAGGAGAGAAGGGCCAUCCGGGUCUGAUCGGAUUGAUCGGACCGACGGGAGAACAAGGGGAGAAGGGAGAGAGGGGACUUCCCGGACCUCAGGGAUCGGCGGGACAGAAGGGAGAGAGCGGAAUCCCAGGUGCCACCGGACCCAUCGGCCCCUCCGGACAACCCGGACUUCCCGGUCCAGCGGGUCCCAAAGGAGCCAAAGGGGCCACGGGCCAAGCGGGACCCAAAGGAGAACGAGGACCUCCGGGACCUCCGGGACAUCCGGGUCCUCCCGGUGAGGUGAUCCAACCGCUUCCCAUCCAACUUCCCAAGAAAACCAAGCGCUCCGUCGACGGCAGCCGAGCGGUGGAAGAGGACGAGGACCGGGAGAGCCGCGACGGAGUGGAGGAGAUCUUCCUUUCCCUCAGUUCCCUCAAAGAGGAGAUCGAGGGAUUGAGGAGACCCAUGGGAACGCGGGAAAAUCCCGCCCGGACCUGUCAGGACCUUCAAUUGAGUCACCCGGAAUUGCCGGAUGGAGAUUAUUGGAUUGAUCCCAAUCAAGGAUGCGUCCGAGAUUCUUUCCGGGUCUUCUGCAACUUCACGGCGGGAGGAGAAACCUGCGUUUUUCCGAAGGAGGAUGUGAGGGAGGUGAAGGCGUCGCCAUCGGAGAAGGAGAUUCCACGGAGGUGGUUCAGCCAAUUCCGCUCGGGCCGUCGGUUUUCCUACGUGGAUUCGGAAGGUGGAGAUCUCGGAGUGGUGCAGUUGACUUUCUUGAGGCUCCUCAGCGUCUCCGCGCGGCAAAACGUCGCUUUCCGGUGUCACCGCGACGCGGGCGGAAAGAAGGGAGACGCCGGAGAUGGUCGGAAGGUUCUGCGUCUCCUGGCGGCCAAUGAGGAGGAGAUCGUCUUCCAAAGGAGUCCCUACGUCCGAGUGGUGACGGAUAAUUGCGAGGGCCGUUUGGACGGAGGUCGAAUGGAACUGGAGGUGAAGACCCCUCUUCCGGAGCAUCUUCCGCUCUUGGAUGUCCAUCUCGGAGACUUCUUCCAUUCCGACCAACGCUUCGCCUUCGCGUUGGGCCCCGUUUGCUUCCGGGGGUGAAGUCCCUCCCUCCGUCUCCGUCUCUUUCCGUCUCCGUUUCCUCGUAUCCAUUCUGGAUGCUCUGGAGAUGGUUCUCCACCUCUUUCUCGUGGGCAUCUCCGGUUCCAACCGGAGACUGAGAUCUGGAGGACUUCAACCUUUGGAGAGCGUCUACGGAGAGAGGCCGUGAGGAAAAGGCGGAUCUGAUCCAUCUCCGGGGGCUUCUGCCCAAUCUCAGCGCUGGUCUCCAUCUUCCAACCGGUCCACGGAAACCCCUCGGAGAUCCAAGAACCUCUUGGAGCUCCAAAGGAACUCUUUGAGAUCCAAAGAACCUCUUCUUCCUCCAAGAACCUCUUUGAGCUCCA